GGAUAUGACGUUUCUAGUACGCGUGUUGUUCUUCCGUCCGAUCAUAGCUUGCUGCUCACCUAUUAAAGAAGACCCUUUCAUUUCUAGUCGUGUAAGACCUAGACGACAACAUGGGUGAGAGGAAAGGAGUGAACAAGUACUACCCUCCCGACUUUGACCCUGCUAAGCAUGGCUCCCUCAACGGCUACCACAAUACCCACCCUCUCAGGGAGAGAGCCAAGAAACUGUCCCAGGGGAUCCUUGUCAUCCGGUUUGAAAUGCCCUAUAACAUCUGGUGUGAUGGCUGUGGGAAUCACAUCGGCAUGGGGGUGCGCUACAAUGCAGAGAAGAAGAAAAUGGGGAACUACUAUACCACGCCCAUCUACAGGUUCAGGAUGAAGUGUCAUCUGUGUGUGAACUACAUUGAGAUGCAGACAGACCCGGCCACCUGUGACUACCUGAUCAUCAGCGGGGCCCGGCGGAAGGAGGAGCGCUGGGACAUGGCUGACAACGAGCAGAUCCUCACCACAGAGCGCACAGACAAGGAGAAGCUGGAGACAGACCCCAUGUUCAAGCUGGAUCACGGAGGCAAGGACAAGGAGAAGCUGCGGGCCGCCCUGCCCUCCCUCUCUCAGAUCCAGGAGCACCAAGAGGGCUGGAGGGACGACUUCCAGCUCAACAGCACCCUCCGCAGGAAGUUCAGGACGGAGAAGAGAGUGAUGGCCGACGAGGAGGAGAAGGACAACGCCGUGAGGAAGAGGAUGAAUCUGUCCAUCCCUCUGGUUCCUGAGAAGGAGGAGGACAAGAAGCUGGCUGCGCUGCUGACCUACACAGCCCCUGACUCCUACGACGACAGGCAGCACAUCAAACGGAAGGAGAUCUCCACGCGCUCCUGGUUCGGCUCCCCCUCCCUGCCCCAGGGGGGCGCCGCAGGCAGCCUGCUCCACAAGCUGGGGCUGCAGGGCAAAGGAGCGGCCGUGGCCAAGGCCUUGGGCCCCUCGCCCGCCACGUCCUCCAGCCUGAUCCGCAGGCGCACCGAGGGGGCCUGGUCGCGGCCCCGCGCCACCGUCACGCGGAGGAAGUCAGACCCGGGAACCCAAGGCAGGGAGAGCGGGGCGGACCGGGGGAAGGAUUUGGGCGUCGCGCACAGGACGGACGCGUCGGAUUCGGACGAUGCGUCACGUACGAGGGGACUAGAGAUUGCGGAGGUAAACGGGAGAGCGAGGCCGGCGGGGAGAGAGGAAACCACAGAGGAAGAGGAUGGAGCUGUGUCGUUGAAAGGAGAGGAUUGUGGGACUGUGGAGGAGCAGGGCAGUAGUCUGGCACGUCUGAAGUCUCUGGUGGCUGAUUACAGCGACUCUGAGUCGGACCCCGGACAGUGAAAGUAAUGGAUUAACUUUGGCUGGACUAUUGACCUGUGUACAUAGACUUCACCAUGGCCCCUUCACACAGUUGUUUACAAAAGGAUUAUCCACUUCUCUUUCAGUCUUCAAAUUGUCCCCGGUCACAAGGUUUUUUUCUUUUAUUAUAGUUUGUAUAUUUAAAUUGUGUUAUAAAGACGCAGAGCUGCAGUGAUCACCCCUGUCAAUAAAGCCAUGCCACUUUGA